AAAAAAAGAAAAAAGAAAUAGUAUUCCGUCAAACCUUGAGAGCAGAUCAAUCCUGGGCCCCAAACUUAGUGCCCCUGAAAUUGGACGCUGCGACAACCUUAGGAUUUUUGUUUUAUUUUUUAAAAUUGAUGACUGAGUUCCUAUAUAGUAUGAACAACUGCCCCCCUCCCCCCUCAAAAAAAAAAAAAAAAAAGUGGGGAUUGUUGUCUCCAGUAGUUCAUUGUUUUCAAUGAUUUAUAUAAUUCAAUUUUCCUGGUUGAAAUUAGUCAAUGGAAUUGCAUCUAUAUAUAAACCGAAGCAUACAAGAAUGCAUUUCAUCAAUAUACAGCGUCCUAUGAUGUGAAGAUGAAUCGACUUGAACCUAUACCCAUGGAAUGUUUGUGUAAUAUUUUAGUUUAUUUCGCUUAUGCUAUAAAAUAUUAAAGGCAGGAGCCUUUUUUGAAGGAUACCUCAAACGUGUUGUAUUUUCGGCGUUUGUUUUAGGCACGACUCUUAAUUAAACAAAGUUUGAUCUUUUGGUUUGGUUAAUUAGAAGAACAGACUUUGAAGGUAUUUUCUAGGGCGUCAACUUUCAAAGUAUUUCUUUAUUUUUUAUAAUGAGGAGUCAAAGAAGCGUUAUGCUUUAAUCUUAUAUCCAUUAUUAUUAUUAUUUCUCUAAAGAUGACCCAAGUCUCCUAUGGUAGCUAGACUUUGCUGCCAUCUUUCUUUAAGUAAAAACGUUACUUCCAUUACCUUCCUAAGUUGUAACCAGAACCUUCAGCAGGACUAUCUGUUUCAUUCCAUAUUCAUCAGGUCAUUUCCUCCCUCUCAAAGUCUUCUCCCUCUCUCACAUAUGGCUUCCAUCAUCAAGGAGGUAGAGAAAGAGUUUCUCCCAUUCAUCCGUAUGUACAAGGAUGGCUCAGUUGAGCGACUAGUUGGCUCUCCCUAUGUGCCCCCAUCGCCUAACGACCCGGAAACUGGAGUCACAUCAAAGGAAAUCACCAUCUCACAGGACCCCUCCAUCUCUGCUCGCCUCUACCUCCCAAGUCUCAACCAAACCCACCUUCCAAAACUCCCCAUCUUGGUCUACUUCCAUGGCGGAGGCUUUUGCCUCGAGUCUGCCUUCUCCUUCAAUCAUCAAUGGUACCUCAAUAGUUUGGUUGCUCAAGCUCAAGUUGUUGCUGUAUCAGUUGAGUAUGGGCUAGCUCCUGAGCAUCUUCUUCCCAUUGCUUAUGAAGAUUGCUGGGCUGCAUUCCAAUGGGUUGCACUCCACUCUAUAAAUAAUGGUCUCAACAAGGAGCCAUGGUUGAUGAAUCAUGGUGACUUUAACCGAGUUUUUAUUGGUGGUGAAAGUGCAGGAGCUAACAUUGUGCAUAAUAUUGCCAUGCGAGUACGAUCACGGUUUCCAUAUCUUGCAUUUUGAGUCAGAGAAUGCUAAGCAUUUGAUUAAACAUAUGGCUUCUUUUCUGCUCAAGUAAUUUUUUUUCUUCUUAUUUUGGAGUUUAAUAGCUUAUUUGAAAGUCCGGUCAACUUUAUGAUUGAUUCAAA